UUAUUUGAGUUUUUCACCCAGGUGAAGAAACUUUCUUUUUUUCUAAUUCACAAUUAUUAAAUAUUAUUACAUUCUUUCUCUGUAUUAUUUUCUUCCCCUGUGUGUGUAUUUCUUCUGUGCCUCUUUUGCCUCCUUUGACAAGAUAAGGUAUCUCUCUGGAUUGUAUUCUGUUUGGACUUUAUCCCUUGGUUUUGAUUGAGAAAGAGAGACAGAAAGAAAAGCCUCAUCUAGGCAAAUAAAAAGAGUUUAGCAUUACCCUUCGCAAUGGCCUCCGACGACGGCCAGGUUCCGCUCCUCGAGCGCGCGGAAAUGCCCGACACCACCCCUACAAUCCCCAAGGAAACGGCGCGCGAAAUCGCCCUGCUGGAGCGCGAGUUUGUGGAGGCGGAGGUUCAGGCGUUCCGCGCCUCCAUCCCACUCCUCCGCCCCCUCUACACCCGGCGCAAUGCCCUCAUAGCCAGCAAGCUCGCCGACGCCGACUUCUGGCCCCGUGUCUUUGCCUCCGAAAUCGAAGCCUACCUCCUCCCCUCCGACGAAAUGAUCAUCAGAGAGUGUCUGAAGAACUUCACCGUCGAGCGCGUCAGCGUCAACGAGGCCGGCGACGCCGGCGAUCCCCGCGACGUCCGCUUCACCUUCGAGUUCGACACGAGCCCGGAGCGCAACGUGUGGUUCGGCGGCGAUGGGAAGCUCGUCAAGGAGUUUUAUUGGCGGAAGAGUAUUGGAGUUUCGGAGAAGAGUGGGCGCAGGAAGGUGUGGGAGGGCCUUGUGUCGCAGCCUGUGCGGAUCCCGUGGAGGAAGGCGGAGGUGGAUCCUACGAAGGGAUUGUUGGAUGCGGCGUGUAACCUUGCGGAGGCAGAGGCCAAGGUCGCUGCGGGGAAAAAGAUUACGCCGGAGCAACGGUUGGAUUUACCCGAGUAUGAGAAGUUGGUGACGGAGGUGGCCAAGGUGGAGGCUCAGGCGGGUUUGCGUGCUGAGCGUGCGGCGGAUGGAGAUGACGAUGAGGAUGAGGAUGAGGAUGAGGAUGAGGAUGAUCAUGAGGAUGGGGGUCCUGCUGAUGUGAGCUUCUUUGCGUGGUUUGGGUAUCGUGGACGGGAUAUCUCGGCUGAGGAGUCGGAGGAGGCCAUGAAGGCUGAUGAGGAAUAUUGGGGGAAGAUCGCUCGGGGAGAGAAGGUUGAGGGUGACGAGGAGAAGGAGGGUGAGGGUGAUGCUGCGUCAGGCGAUGAAUUCGAGGAGGAUGAAGAUGCUGACGACGACGACGAGGAUGGGCUUAUGGAUGCUGAGAUCUACCCCGAGGGUCAUGAGCUUGCCAUGUCGCUUUGUGACGAAGUCUGGGACAAUGCGCUUAAGUAUUACGUACAAUCGCUCCAGGCGCCAGAGUUCGGUUCCGAUAUUGAUUUCGACAUGGACGGGAUGGAAGACGACGACGAUGAUGAUGAAGAGGAAACUGACAGACCUCGCAAGAAGGCCAAGACUUGAGCUCCUUUUUCCCCCUUUCGUUUCGCCCUUGUAUCUUUUCUCUGUUGAACGAAAAUGGUUUUGAUGGGAUGGUUUUGAGUUUUGCGUGGAAAUUCAUAUUUUCGUUUCGUCUUUUUUUGUCUUUCGUUUUUGUUGAACAAUGUAUACCAAAGGAAGGGAGAGAAAAGAAUCCCCAUCUAACCCUCCGUUUCGAAUUUGUAGUUAUAGCACAAUAACCAGAAUUAAUAGCAGUAUCAACACCAUAAUUAACACCGCUAUACAACAGCUCGACGCCGUAU